UUUGGUGCAGAUGAAGUGAAGACUGUGUCAGUGAUGGAGGGAGGGACUGUCACUCUGGACCCUAAUCUCACUCAAAUAAAGGAAAUUUAUAAGAUUGUGUGGAGGUUUGGAGUUAAAGGUUCAAUCAUUGCUGACAGUUCUAACAAUGAUUCCUGGUUAAAUAACACUGAUGAGAGAUUCAAAGACAGACUGCAGCUGCAUCAGAAUGGAUCUCUGACCAUCAAGAACAUGAGAACCCAACACUCUGGACUUUAUCAACUACAGGUCGACCACAAAACUGUUGGAAACUCAAAUAAGUAUUUCAAUGUUACUGUUUUAGUACCAGAACGGUCUUCAGGUGCUACUGCAGGAAUAUGUGUUACUCUUUUACUGAUAGCUGCAGCUGGAGCUGCUGUUGCUUUUUACUAUCGCCACAGAAUCUGUGAUCCAAAGCGUUUAAUGGCUGAAGAAAAGAUGGUGUCAGGGACAGAAGGGAGAUCUGUCAAUCUAGAGACUGAUACUGAACUACAGAGAGGGGAUGAGAUCAAGUGGUGGUUUGAGGAUCUCAAACUCACUGAAUUCAGAAAAGAGACCAGUAAAAAAGAUGAUACAGAUCAAGAUUAUAUUGAAUGUGAUGUUGCUGAUGGAAGAUUCAGAAGCGAACUGGUGCUGAACAAGAAGACUGGAGAUCUCCUCAUCAAUAACAUCAGGACCUUUCACUCCGGACUCUACAAUCUACAGAUCAGCCGCAAAAACAGAAGAACUGAAUACAUGAGAUUCACUGUUACUGUCACUGUGAGUGAAUCAACUGAAGAGGAACCACUGGUGAAUAAAGAGGAAGAGCAGCAGGGGACUUCAGUUUAAUAAGACGUGCCAAUCACUGAACUCAACAUUUUUCUGCUUAUAUGAAGAAACAGAAAGAAAUAUUAUGUGGUUAGCUGUUAAACUCACAUUUAAGAAUGUUUUUAAAGGAGUCAUAUGAUGCUGCUAAAAAUACAAUUUAUUUUAUGUAUUUGGUGAAAUAUUUUGGUAAUGAAAUGUGUUCAUGCAGUUUAAGGUUAAA